UAAACACUACAGCGACAGGCUGAAGGGGCUUUCCUGAAUGUUCUCUUCUUGUACAUUGAUUCACUAAGUUCAACAGCCAAUCAACGUGGUCUCUCUCAUCGACAAGGCCUGACCACCAACGCUGAUUCAACAUCUCAAAUUGGCCAAAAAGUCACCAACAGGGACCAACUAGUGUCUAUGGUGUAGAACAAACCAGGAGGGCGAAACCCGACAGACACUCACUGAUUGAUUUGCUGCGUCUCUGCCCGUAGAGAUUGACUGAAGCCCUACCAUGCCUGUGGCCUCCACCAGGACUGAGCCUGUGCCCCAGGUGUUGGAUGCGAUGAGUGACAGCACCACCAGUUCCACUACGGCCAAUGACCUAGACCUCAUCUACCUCAAAGGCAUCAUGGAGAGCCCUCUGGAGCAAGAGGCAAACCUGAAAGAGCCACGUCUGUCGCCAGUGAGGGAGAACAACGUGGAGCUCCUACAGGAGAUCCUCAGAGAUCUGGACCCCUUCACACAUCACUCCGACACUGCAGCUGAACUUGCCCGCAUACUCACACAGCCUCACUUCCAGUCUCUUCUGGAGACACAUGAUUCUGUGGCGGCUCAGACAGGCGAUAGCCCACCCCCUAGCCCCUGUGAUUCUGUGGAUCAUGAACUGGAGGACGACCACAUAGACAAUUUGCAGCCACUACCUGAUGCAGUGCGCAUGGUGGGCAUACGCAAAGUGGCAGGAGAGCAUCUGGGUGUAACGUUCAAGAUGGAGGGCGGUGAGCUGGUGAUAGCUCGCAUACUCCAUGGUGGGAUGAUAGACCAGCAAGGAUUGCUGCAUGUUGGAGAUAUCAUCAGAGAGGUGAAUGGACGAGUGGUGGGCCGGGACCCCAGGGUGCUGCAGGAGGAGCUGCAAGCAGCUAGUGGAAGUAUGGUUCUGAAGAUACUACCCAGCUACCAUGAAGCCAUACCACCAAGACAGGUGUUCUUUAAGUGUCAUUAUGACUAUGACCCAGCCAAUGACAACCUGAUUCCCUGUAAGGAGGCAGGCUUAAGGUUUGAAACAGGAGAUAUCCUGCAAAUAGUCAACCAGGAUGAUGUCAACUGGUGGCAGGCUCGUCAUGUGGAGGGUGGGAGCACUGGGCUGAUCCCCAGUCAGACGCUAGAAGAGAAAAGGAAAGCUUUUGUCAAGAGAGAUGUGGUCUUGCCUUCUGCAGGAAAUCUUUGUACUGGUGUUGGAGGGAAGAAGAAAAAGAAGAUGAUGUAUGUGACCACAAAAAAUGCAGAGUUUGACAGGUAUGAGAUACUGCUCUAUGAGGAAGUGGCCAAGGUUCCACCUUUCAAGAGGAAGACCCUGAUUUUGAUUGGUGCCCAAGGUGUAGGGAGGCGGAGAUUGAAGACCAAGCUUCUGCUGAGGGAUCCACAACUAUUUGGCACUACCAUUCCAUAUACCUCCAGAAAGCCCAAAAAGGGGGAACGGGAUAGUCGAAUGUAUGCCUUCACCAGCCGCAGCAAGAUGGAGGCUGAUAUAAAGAACGGGCGCUAUCUUGAACAUGGAGAGUAUGAUGGCAACCUGUAUGGAAUCAAGAUCGACUCCAUACAUGAGGUGGUCGAGGCAGGACGCAUCUGCAUUCUGGAUGCCAACCCUCAGUCCCUCAAAGUGCUGAGGACCUCCGAGUUCUUGCCCUAUGUGGUGUUUCUUCAGUCACCAGACUUCGAGGUGCUCAAGGCAAUGAACCAGACUGUUGUUGAUGCAGGAGGGGUCACUAAGACACUGACAGAUGAAGAACUGCAAAGGACGUGUGACGAGAGUGCUAAAAUCCAAGCAGCCUAUGGUCACUACUUUGACCUCAGCAUCAUCAACGACAACCUGGACGAGACCUACCGCACCGUUAAAGCUGCACUGGAAACGGUUUCUAAAAACCCACAGUGGGUCCCUGUCACCUGGGUGUUCUAAAAAGAGGCCGUUGGGGGCAGAGGAGAGAGGGAACAUGAAGAACAAGAGAGUAAACAGAGGGACUGAAAACAUACCACUGUUUAUAUAAAAGAUAUCUUUAUUUACUGCAGAAUUUCAUACAUUUUCACAGAGAUUAAAUCUGCCCUUAGCAUCAGAAAACCUUUUGCUGAAGUAAUAGCACUGCAAGAACAUUUUAAGUGUGUAAAUAAGACAGCCAUUAUUACAGCGCAUUAUAUUUUUCAGGAUAGCAAGCACUAAUAAGAAAGAAUAAGAAGGAAAGCCCAAGGUGGUAAAGACAAAUUAAGUCCUGAAUGUGAGACAUUCACAGAUUCUGCUUGGACAUGUCAAGUAUUCUGUGUGUGUGUAUGUGUCUGUGUGCCUUUGUAUUACUUACAUUAUGGGGACUGAGACUUGUUAACACACUC